AGACACCGGAGGCCAUUUGUUGGGCUUCAAAAACCAUUUUGGCCAAUCAAUAGAAAUAAAUACUCACACAUAUCUAGGAGUCUGCUUAUGCAUGCACGCACACACACACACACACACGCGGGAAGGCGUUUUUUUAGAUUUUGCACGGGCAAAGCUUUUGCAUGGCAUGUUAAAACAUAUUAAAAUAAAUGUAAUUUUGUAUUUCUGAGACGCGGUUUAGAUUGACGUUGCUGAUGGUUAAAAAAACACCAAGUCACUAGCUCCUCCCAUUUUGUGAUGUAGUGAUAAGACGGAACCUCCUUAAUUACUAAUUUCUGCAUCCCACUCCGAGCUCCCCUCUGUCCUACGAGUUCCUUCAUGCAUGGAAUGCCCUGAUCAUAUCGUCUCUGAUCUUUUACCUUUAAACCACAAAAUCGGGGGUUUGUUGUGAUUGCGCGGCAUGGGAGAUCAGAAGGAGCCGACGAUGGUCCACAGAUCCACUUCGUUUAGUAUUAAGAGCCUGCUGCUGCCUUCGAAAAGUGACAAACUGGACCCUGACAUCUCAGAGAAAACCCCUCUUCCGUCGGGGUCAGACUCAGAAAAAUCCCUGGAACCAGCCGAAAUGGAGUCUACACCGUUAGAGCAGGAAAAACCUAAAGAGGAGGACAGCCAAACUCAGCGCACUACCGAAACCGGCAAGAAUGGAAAAUAUGACAAGCCGCCAUUCAGCUACAACGCUCUGAUAAUGAUGGCCAUUAGGCAGAGUCCCGAAAAACGGCUUACUCUAAACGGAAUCUACGAGUUCAUCAUGAAAAACUUUCCCUAUUACCGGGAGCACAAGCAAGGCUGGCAAAACUCUAUUCGCCACAAUCUGAGUCUAAACAAGUGUUUCGUUAAAGUGCCAAGGCAUUACGAUGACCCGGGAAAGGGGAACUACUGGAUGUUAGAUCCCUCAAGUGAUGAUGUAUUCAUUGGUGGAACCACAGGGAAACUUCGGCGGCGGUCGGCUACCUCCAGGGGUAAACUUGCGAUGAAGAGAGGACUUCGUUUUGCGCCUCUCGGUUUGGGAAUAAAUGACAGAGCAAGCAAUCCUCUAUAUUGGCAAAUAUCUCCAUUUCUAUCUUUGCACCACCCACACUAUAACGGAUCAUCUCCUGGGUUUCUGAACCAAGGGCACGCGUAUGGCUCCUUACUCCCUGGAGUUGACCAGCUAGGUAACGGGGACCUAUCACGUCCAAUUCUCGGAGGUUCCUCUGGACCGCUGGGUAUAGCAAAUAGCUAUGGUAUGAACACAUCUCCUGUUGGUUUACUGUCAGGACAGAGCGGUUACUUCGUCUCGGGGAGUCAGCAUCCACAGUCACUCCAACAGAGCGCGGCUGGGUUCGGGGUACCCACCUGCUCCCCACCGACCCUGCUCUCGGAGUCGCUCAGAACAUCUUUACCGUCUUUUACCACGGGCGUUUCAAGCGGAUUCCCGGGCGUUUUGUCCCACCAGAAAAGAGUGGGCCCCAGCUCUUUUUUGAACUGAUCCAAAUGUGAUCACAGGAUAUGUAAUAAGGGAUGUGUAAAAAAGACGACAUUGACUUAUAAUAAUGGCAUAUCCUGUGUAAAAAAAGACACAAUAUAGAUGUGCGGGUUAAAUUAUUGGUUAUAUGGCCAUAUUAGUGCUUCCUGGAGUGUGUGCGACAUUUGGUCACAGGCUAUUUGAAGGGACAAAGUUUGUUACCUUUAGGUUAUAAACUGAAUCUAGGCUUGCCAAAGGUAACGAUAUAUCUUAUAUUUAUAUAUCUUGUGUAAACAACUUCAUUGCUUUGGAUAGGUCGGUUAAUUUAUGUUUUAUAUUUAUUUCGAAAUGUAUUUAAAUCCUAUUGUCUUUACCUCCAUCAGUAUUGAGCUACCCAGAGCGAUAUUUAAAUUAUUUAUGUAAAUAUGAAUUAUUGCUUUCCGUUCUUCUCGUGGAAAAGCGCCUUAAACAAAUCAGGGUUACAAACACGAAGAGAGAGUCAUCUGAAUCUUCUCAGGUUCUUCUAGGUUCAGCCUACUGUAAUUACGUAAUGUGGGCUACUGCUGUAUUCUUGUACAUAAUCAGUGUUAUAAUCUAUGAACCAUUUUAGACAGAAGACUGAGUUUAUACUUCAAUUUAUUUCCGUUUUCUUUGUGUGUCAGACUGAGAGAUCCUAGCGCCGUCUGGUUCGUUAUGCGCAUGUACAUGCAAUGUCACCCGGCUGCAUGACAUUGGGUAGCAUGUAGCAUGUCAUACAGAAGAUCAUCUAUUCAUUCCGUUAACUGCGAUGAGAAUCAUUGUAUUUGUCGUGUUCAGCAGUGCCAUGUGGGUUACUGUUUUAAUAAUGUUUCUUUCGGUGGUCCAGAAUUUCACAGAUGGAACUCAAAGAAAAAAUCAAACCCGGACACUGAAUUGCCCCAAAGCUGAAAUUUAUUUUUUAAUGAUUUUUAAAAAUACAACUUGUCCUCCCACAGCACUUAUUUCAUUAAAAAUCCCCACUAGAAAUGUUUCCACAUGUUACAAUUACAUUAAAUGAAAAUACAGUGUAUGCUACUAGUGUAUCACAUGCACGAGUUUCACAAAAAAAAAAAAAAAAAACAUGAGAUGUUACAUGUAUAAUUUCGUAUAUAAGUUGUCAUUGUUUAUUUCUCGAUAGUGCAUUUUUUAUGUCGGGAUUUUAUAUGCAAACUCUUUCUAAGUUUUGCACUUUCAGUGGGGCAAGAUUUCUCAUUGUAUGAAGUUUGUAAUUGUGUUUUGUUGCUGAAACUAAUUUGUUUAAAGUAUAAGGUAUUAAACAUUAAAAUUAUUGCUUUGUCAAGAAAAGAAAAA